AUGGACAACUUCUUGCGCCAGGAUCAUACCACGCAGGAAGGGCAGCUGGGGAAGCAGCGCUUCUGGAGAUCUUGCUAUUUUGGAAGCUCUCAGCAAGUGGCACAGCUCUCCGGGGAGUAUGUGGGUGGUGGAAACGCUGCGCUGGCGUGGGUGAUGGAGCCAGGUCCCCCCCGGGAACGACGAUGCCUCUACCAGGAAGCAGCUGAGCCCGGGACUGUGCCUGGCGCUUGCCUGCACAGAGGAGUCCAGCUCGAUGGACGACAGCAAGGUCCCCGCACUGGAAACGCAUGGUCUGAAGAGCUGUCUAAGGAACCAGAUUAUUCCCUUGGACAGGCGGAGUGCAGAAAAGACUGCGCGUGCCAAGUAUUUUGUGAAGGAACUGAGGAUCUGGAAGAAGAACACCUGAAAUACAGAGUUGCACUGACAUUGUGCCUGGAUCCUGGUUUGCAGUCUAGCCUUGGGGCAGAGCAAACCCAAGGGGUCUCUGGUCAAGAAACUCAGCGUCCUGUGGAGUGUCAGUCAGAGAUGGAGAUGGACGUGGAGGUGGAGGUGGAGUCAGAGUCCUCCCCAGACCAUGAGGAGGUGGCUCUGUUCAGUGCGAUAGGCUGUCCCAGGGGUUGUGUGGAGAUUGAUCUGGGAGGUGAGCAAGACUGGGAGAACGCAUGUGCGGUCUUUUCAGGAGAAAUCUUCCCUGAUGCUUCGUCUGCAGACAUUCGGAAAGCAUAUCGAAAGCUUUCCCUAAUUUUACACCCAGACAAGAAUAAGGAUGAAAACGCAGAAACACAGUUUAGGCAAUUGGUGGCCAUCUAUGAGGUUUUAAAGGAUGAAGAAAGGAGACAGAGGUAUGAUGAUAUUCUGAUCAAUGGACUACCAGAUUGGCGACAGCCUGUAUUCUACUACAGGCGGGUGAGAAAAAUGAGCAAUGCUGAGCUGGCAUUACUCUUGUUCAUUAUACUCACAGUGGGUCAUUAUGCUGUGGUUUGGUCAAUCUACCUGGAAAAACAGCUGGAUGAACUGCUUAGCAGAAAAAAGAGGGAGAAGAAGAAAAAAACAGGCAGCAGGAGUACAGAGGAAGCCAAACUUGCUGCUCUAGAGAAAAAUGAAAGAGUACUGGACAAACCACAAUGGCAUGACUUACUUCCAUGCAAACUAGGAAUAUGGUUCUGUCUCACUGUGAAAGCUUUACCUCAGCUAUUCCAGGAUGCCAGACAAUUAUAUGUAGAAUAUAAAGAAACAAAAAUGAAGGCGAAAGAAGAUGCCCUGGCUAAGGCUGAACUUGAAACACUUCAGAAGGAGAAGAAGCCUAAAGUCAAGAAACCAAAAUCAGAAUUCCCUGUAUACACGGUUUUGGAGUCAAGUGCAUAUAUACCAUCAUAUGAUCAUGGAGCUUCAAUUGAAGAUAUUGAGGAACAGAUGGAUGAUUGGUUGGGAGGCAGGAACAGAACACAAAAAAAGAAGGCACCUGAAUGGACAGAGGAGGACCUCAGCCAGCUGACAAGAAGUAUGGUUAAGUUCCCAGGGGGGACCCCAGGUCGAUGGGAAAAGAUUGCUCACGAAUUGGGUCGAUCAGUGGCAGAUGUUACGAUGAAAGCCAAACAACUGAAGGAUUCUGUCAUGUAUACACCAGGCAUCAUUAGGCUCUCCGAGCUUAAAACGCUGGCCCAGAAUUCCAAGAACGUCAAAGUCAAUGUGAGUUUGCCAGACCACAUAAUCACCCGGCGAGAAAGGGAGGAGGAAGAGGAAGAGGAGGAGGAGGGGAACUACAAUCAUAUCCCAGAGCAGAGGGAUGUCCAAAUAGAUCAAAAGGAGACCAUUGCAAGUGAAACUAGACACCGCAAACGAAAAAUUCUCAAAGUGCCUGAAAUGACUCUACCAGCAAUGAGAGAGGUGCUAGAAGAGAAGGGCAGAGGAAGACGCCAGAAAGAUUUUGAUAACGCCGAGCAAGAGGAAGAGAGUGAUGAUGAAGGCAGAAAAAGGGAGAAAAGCCAUGCCCCAGAAGAACUGUGGACUCAAAAUCAACAGAAACUUCUUGAAAUGGCCUUGCAGCAGUAUCCAAAGGGAACAUCGGAUCGCUGGGAUAAAAUAGCAAAAUGUGUUCCUGGAAAAAGCAAGGAGGAGUGUAUAGCAAGAUACAAGUUGCUUGUUGAACUGGUACAAAAGAAAAAAAUGGCUAAAAGCUGAAUGUUCUGAGCAGAAGAUAUUUAGCUCAUCUUUGUCAAAAUGGGGUUUUAAAUCUCAUAUGCGGGAAACUGCAUUUUUGUACCUCAGUAUUUCUAUACGUCAUGUGCCUUAGUAAAAGAAAAUAUCAAUAAAUCUUAUACCAUCCUACCUA